CUAAAUAGAUAGCUAUUAAUAACUAUUGCAAACAUCGUUCGAGAUAUAAAUUAAGAUGGCGGCAGAGUCUUCACAUUGUGCUUGUUUUUUCCCUAAUGAAUAGAUUUCUGCAGACAAAUUGGAUUAAAUAUACGCUAUAAGUAAGAAAAAUGAUGUCAUUGUGAAUUAAAGUAAUUUAAUUGUUACUUUGUUUCAUUACGAAAUGAGUUGCUAAGUAGUGCACAAACAGUUCCUGGAGUCUACGUUAAAGCCGUGACUCGGUUAAUGGCGACGACAGAAUUUUCUUUUAUACCAGAAUCCUCGAAAUUUUUUUCCUCAGAAAGCUACACGAGCAACAUAGCAAGAAAAUGAGCCCCAAAUGCUUCAGUGAAAGCUAUAAAGCAAUUGGCUUCCUAACUCAGGGGUCCCGUGUUAAUUAAGAAUUUUUGUUAUUGUCAGCUGUAUAAUUAUAAAACAAAAAGCCAUGUAACAUUGGGAAUUCCUAAAUAAACUAUUGUCUUUGCUAAUGACUAGCGUCUAAAGAUACCAUUCACGUUAUCUGUUAACUUAAUCAAGUUUGUAAGUUCCUAUCUUGCGCAUGUAAAAAAAAUUAUGUAGGCCCUACUGUAUAUGCUAUAAUCUCAGAACAAGGCAUUUUAGCUUAUUUCAACUUAUUUAAACAAACUUUUUUUUUCUCUGUCAUUCUUUUUUUUUGUUUUGUAUUCAGCUCCACAUCUAGGUUUUCGUAGUCAUUUAAAACAUUGAACUCAUUCCAAAUCGUAGGAAACAAAGACAUUGCCAUUAGUAUGUUUUAGUUGAUCGGAUUUUUUUUUGGUCAGAAUUGAGACUUUUACAUUCUAGCCCUAAACCUUCCACAGGCAGAGAGAGGGGGUGGUAGUGGGAAAUAUUCGAAACCGUACCACAACGCCAGGCAGCCAUCUUUAAGUAGACAAUAAUGAAAUCGGUGCAUGAAAUCGAAUCUGAAAAUUGAUCUUCUUAGUUAAUUAGUAUAACAAAAUCAAGAACAUGUUGGCGUCUUAUUCUCUGGAAUCAUAGUCUUAGAGUAGAGUUAUAUCAAUCCUUUGGAGGCACAAUGUGAAGAACAAAUAUGGAAAAAAUCAAAGGCUUUGUAUCAAUCUGUAUUGCUUUUCUUUCUCUGAGUUUUAUAUUACUUUCUGAAUUCUGUGAAGAGACAUUGAGCACUUUCUGCGAUACUAGAAUCUCCAAAUCACAAACUAUGUCAGCCAAAGAAAUUAUGUGGCCACCUUUUAUCUGCAUCGUGUCUUUAAACAAACAAUUGUUAUCUUUAUAAUAUCGCUAAAAAAAAGGAACUCUGUAAAUUUAGAGGUCAAAGUAGCCUUAAUGACAGCAAUAUUAUUGUUAGUGAAGCACCCGAAAUAUUUUGAAUUAAAUGCAGAUUUCGACGUUUAUAGUUCAAAACUCUUUAGACUCUACAAGGUAUACAGUUGGUCACAAAUUUAGCGAAGACUUUACAGAUACACUUCUGAAUUAGGAGCAAGCAUCAGAUGUAUUCACCGUUCGACUAUCGUUUUGUAAACUUAGCAACGUAUCGUUCUGUUCCGCGACAAGAUCGGAGCCACUACUCGUUUCUGAUUUUAUCAGAAGCAGGAUUUUAUUACUUAGGAAAUGGUGAUUUAAUUCGGUGCGAUAGUUGUGGUAAGAUAAAUGAUUUUCUGUCAGUGGAAGAUAACCCUCACAGUAUUACCUACCAUAACGAAAGAUGUGCUAGAGUUACCACUUCUACGGAUGAAAGUAAUCAGAACAAUGCUGCGUCCGAGUCUGGAGAAAUUCUGAGUACAUCUAAUCCCACUAUGUAUCAACAGGUUCAACAAAAUAUUAAUAAUUUAACACAAGAUGAAAUUAGACAUAAUGCAGCAUCACAAUCUAGCGAACUUCAGAGUAACUCCAUUACUCAUCAAAAUCUAGUGGUUGCACAGAGUAUUGACAUUUCUUUACCAGUUGAAGUACAAAGACAGAGAGGAAGGCAUAUAGAUGGUGCACAACAAGCCCCGACAAGCACAGCAAGUGGUGAAACAAAGCCGAACCUUGAUGCCACAGAGACCACAGAAAGUCCACAACAUCAUAACACAGAUGAACAACACAGGGAUGAAAGCAUCAAUAUUGGACAGGAGAGUAUGACAGCACAGGAAGAGUCCGAAAGCUCCAGAAAACAACAAAUUAGAGCCAUGUGGAGCCACGAUACCCAUGGCAUUACCUGUAGAGCGCCAUCUUUGGACAUUCAAAUUAGACGAGACUUUUCCAAUCAAGAAACUCACUUAAGGAGCUUUAGACAAUGGACAGGGUAUCACAUUUUGGAUCCCGGAGAUUUAAGCUUAUUCUACUAUUUGAAAGGCCAAGUUAUAAUGUGAAAUGUUGGAAAUGCCACGAAUCAAUCUAUAUACACGAAGGUAUGGAAAACAUUAGCGAACUUGCAAGGGAGCUAAGAGAAGGGCGCCCUAUUCUUUGCUCUUGUGCUAAACGCCUACGUUUAUUAGCUUUAUUAUUGGCUUUAGAAACUAGUUCAUCUGACGUCUAGUGCGUUUCACUGAAUUGUUUUUAACUGCUAUGAACAAAUGAAUCUUUAUUUUUACAAAGCUUAUAGCAACUCACUCUGUCUGUCUGUCUGGCCAAAAGUUUGUACACAUUAAUUCUCCCACACCCAAAUAUUGGAUCAAAGCUGACAUUUUGCAGAAUUAAUUCUUCUACCUGACAACACAAUAAAUACCAAUUAGUUAAUUAAUUAUUUGGUAAUAAAUUACUUUGUUUGGUAUCUCAAGCAAGGGACAGAAAUAGUACUUGACUGAGUUAUUGGUAUAAGCUGAAUUAGUCCUUUUUAUAGAUUGUCGUUUGAGGCUUAUUACAAAUUUAAUUAUUUUUUUUUUGUAUUUUGCAUUAUAUAUAGUUUAUUAUAGUUCAAUGUUGUAGCUUUGUUUUUAUAGUUGAAAAACUUGUAAACUGUUUGUAAACAAAUGUCCAACAUUAAUUCAUAAACGAAUACAUUUGUGCUGGAACUUUAAUUGCUAAAUAAGAGAUCUUACAAUCGUACCAUCAAAGUCGGUAGGUGCUAUUCUAAACCGACCGAAUCUUAACUUGUAUAGCUAGUCUGGAAGCGCUUUUCUGAACCGACUGAAAAUGUUUAGGCGCGACAUUACAAAUCCAAAUUUUAGGAGAUAUAUUGUCGGAUUGAAUCUAUUCUUCGACACUCUUUUAACAAAAUUCCAACCUCGCUGUUCAUUAAACAAAACGCUACAGAUAAUUUUUUUUUAUAUCUUAUAAAUAGCCGACUUUCCUUUGAAACAAGAAGAUAAUUACAUUCUACGCAAUUCCAUGAGUACAUCUAGUCUUGCAUGUUAAUUUAAGACCUAAACUCUUCCAGAAUGGAUGUUUGGUCGUGUGGUAUGCGCUUUUCACUGUCGUACAAUGGUCCCGGAUUCGAAACCUGAGAACUUCAUGCUUUUUGUUUUUGUUUAUCUUCCUGCAAUUGUAAAGAAACUAUUGGGUAUUGCAAAACAUAUUUGUAAGCCUAUUUCGUUUUUUCGUAACAAAAUUUUGUACUACAAGAUAUAUUGCAAAACAUGUUGGUACGCGUUUAUUUGAAACAUAAUUUUGUUCUUCUAGGUGUAUUGCAAUAAUUACAAAACAUGUUGGUAAGCGUUUUUUAAACAAAAAUCAGUCCUACUAGAUAUAUUGCAAACAUGUUGGUAAGAGUUUUAUGCAAAUUUUAUGCUACUAGAUGUAUUGCUAAACAUGUUGUUAGCGUUUUUUUUGUAACAAAUUUAGUAGCAAAAAAUGUUGGUAAGCGUUUUUUCGUAACAAAUUUGAUGCUACUAGAUGUAUUGCUAAACAUGUUGGUAAGCGUUUUUUCGUAACAAAUUUAGUAGCACAAGAUUAUUUGCAAAAUAUGUUGGUAUUUGUUUAUUCGUAACAAAUUUUAUGCUACUAGAUGUAUUGCUAAACAUGUUAGUAAGCGUAUUUUCGUAACAAAUUCAGUAGCACAAGAUGUUGGGAAGCGUUUUAUUCGUAACAAAUUUUAUGCUACUAGAUGUAUUGCUAAACAUGUUAGUAAGCGUAUUUUCGUAACAAAUUUAGUAGCACAAGAUGUUGGUAAGCGUUUUUUCGUAACAAAUUUAGUAGCACAAGAUGUUGGUAAGCGUUUUUUCGUAACAAAUUUAGUAGCACAAGAUUAUUUGCAAAACAUGUUGGUAAUUGUUUAUUCGUAACAAAUUUGAUGCUACUAGACGUAUUGCUAAACAUGUUAGUAAGCGUAUUUUCGUAACAAAUUCAGUAGCACAAGAUGUUGGUAAGCGUUUUUUCGUAACAAAUUUGAUGCUACUAGACGUAUUGCUAAACAUGUUAGUAAGCGUAUUUUCGUAAAAAUUUAGUAGCACAAGAUGUUGGUAAGCGUUUUUUCGUAACAAAUUUGAUGCUACUAGAUGUAUUGCUAAACAUGUUGGUAAGCGUAUUUUCGUAACAAAUUUAGUAGCACAAGAUGUUGGUAAGCGUUUUUUCGUAACAAAUUUUAUGCUACUAGAUGAUUUGCAAAACAUGUUGAUAAAGUUUUUUUCGUAACAAAUUUAGUAGCACAAAAUGUUGGUAAGCGUUUUUUUGUAACAAAUUGUGUGCUACUAGAAUAUAUUGUUAAACAUGUUGGUAAGCGUAUUUUCGUAACCAAUUUCGUGGUACUAGAUCCUUUUGUUACUAAUGACUUGCACCUUAAAGUAAGCUAAACAUCUAUGAAAUAUUCGCUACUGACAAGACUAGAGUAGACAUUCUCUUUCUCAGAUUCCAUGAUUAGAAACUUUAAAAAGGCUUAUUAACAGUUAUAAAUGACUUGGAAAUAACAUAAAAAAAUAGUCACUAUUUAAUACAUGAAAAAAUAAACUGUCAUAUUUAAGUCACUACCAUAUACAUAUAUAAAAGGAUUCGUCUGCGUCAAUGCGUUGCAACUGAACACUGAUAUACUUAUAUAUAUAUAAAUAUAUAUAUAUAUAUUAAUAUAUAUAUAUAUAUAUAUAUAUAUAUAUAUAUAUAUAUAUAUAUAUAUAUAUAUAUAUAUGUUAAUAUAUAUUUAUAUAUAUAUGAGAGAAAGAGAGAGAUAGGCCAGUCUAUAUAUUUCUAUUUCUAUAGCUAUGGCACAAAUAUAUCAUUUUUAUACCCCAAAAAAUUAUGAAAAUAAAUAAUGGUAAACAUUAUAAACGUUUCGAAGCUUAUUAACGUGAUCUAAACUAAUAAUGAAAACUAAUUAGUUCAGUGAUUUAUAAUGUAGACACUAUAGUCUAAUUGUUUAAUCGCAAUGAGAAUAAAAUUAAGCAAUAAAUUUAAGUAGCUAAGACUGUAAUAAAUACUAUUUGAAUAAAUAGUAACUUACUGUAAUACCAUUUAUUGUAUAUCAUGAACACAGUAUUUUGACCUUUGUGACUCCACAUGAAAUGACAAAAGGGUAAUUUUUUUUCUUUUCAACAUUUUUCUUUUUUACAAUUGGUUAAUAUUUUAUUCUUUACAACUUUUUUGUUUUGUUUGUGGUUUUGUAAUAGGGUGUUAGCUUUACAAAUGGGUAAUAUUUUAUCCUUUACAAACUUUUUUUUUGUGGUUUUGUAAUGAGGUGUUAGCUUUACAAAUGGGUAAUAUUUUAUCCUUUACAAACUUUUUUUUUGUGGUUUUGUAAUGAGGUGUUAGCUUUACAGUUUAGCUCGACCCCGCAAUAUAUUGAAGCCUUAUGGUUUUUACAAAGUCUGUCUGUCUGUCUGUCAAAAGAUGUACACGUUAUUUCUCGCACACCCAUUCUUUCAUCAAGCUGAAACUUCGCACAAUUAUUCAUUUAUACAGACAAAACAUUAAUCAAUUAAAAAGUUACUGGUGAUACAUUAUUUUGUUUAAUAGCAACAAGGGAAACUAAUGCUUCAGUAUUCACAUAUAUGAUUAAAUUUGUUGGGUUUAGUCCCCUUAAAUAAUGUUAAGUCUAUUCCUCCCUCACGCUUUCUCCGAUCAAGUCGGUACUUUAAAAAAAUUUAUUGUACCUAACAAAAAAUGAACAAAUAAAUAUAAUUACUCAAUUAGUCAAUUAAUUAUUGGUAAUUAAUAAUUUUGUUUGAUAUCGAAUAAGGGACAUAACUUGUACAUUAUUUGUAGAUAUAGUUUAAAGUACUGAUCUCUUCCAUUUUUUUUAUUUUUUUAUUUAAACGAUUUUUUAUACUUUGCUUAUUAUUUAUUAUGUUAUGGUAUUCUUUCCUUUUAUUUUUAUUUUCUUUUUUUAAAUUUUUAUUUUGUGAAACCAUUUAUUGGUGUUCCACGAAGAAGGAGAAGAACAAUAUAUGUGUAUUGUCCUGAUAACCUAGUAUAUUUAUUAAUGAACUUAAUUGGAAACUUAGAUUGUUGUAUGUAGGUCUCUUUUAUCUGUUCUGUUCUUGUGACAAUGUGACAUUGUAACCUAAGGCUUUAAUAACACACAUGAAUAUAAUAGUAGAUUAUAUAGAUCUAUAUGGUAGUACAACACGCUUUUGUGCAAUUCACUUUUUUUUUGAUCGAUUUCAUUCUGUUUUUAGGGUGGGGGAUAUUUUGUUUUUUUGUAUUUUAUUUUAUAUAGUAAUUUCUUAGCCUUUGUGCUAGAGUUCAUUAAUUAAAUAAUUUGUUUAUUUAUAGAUUUAAUGUAGCGCAACUUUUAUGUUUAUAGCAUGUUCAGAGCGCUAUAAUCCAAUCUCAUUUGUGGACCAGUGGGGGAAGGCGUGUAUCUGGUUGGAGAUUUUCCGUGCUGCCUUUAGGGCUCAUUAAACGCAGAUCUGCUCGAGUCGGGUGUUGAACCUCGAGCCCCCUUUGAUCCAAGCCAAGUUCAAGCGUAUUUAGCCUCUAGACAACACAUCCCUUAAAUUCAGUAUAAGCCUUUAAAUUUUAGCUGCACGCAAAAGAGGAAAACGGCUAUCAGUUUUAUGUGGUCUGUCUGUCAGUCCGUCCGACCUGUUUAGAUAACAGAAGCUAGUGCAGAUUUGGUGAAAGAAAGUAAUUUAUGAAUUUAUAAUAUAUGCAGAGUAUAAAGCCAUUAGUAAAUGGUUUCAAGUCUCCAUCAGAUGGUUGUUAGAUGGUUGUUAGAUGAUUGUUACUAGUGUUAACAUUUUACUGAUACCUCAAAAACUACAUGAAUUGUUUGAAAUGAUCAGAUGUUUAAAUUCUUUUACAUUUUAGACAUCCUCUACCGAAUCUCAUGCUGCUUUUUUUAAAUGUUUUUAUUUCAAGUUUAUUUUUUCCAGCUGAUAUUAUGCUUUUUUUAAUGCUUAAUUUUGUUGUCUUAUUUUUAAAACUAUAUUAGAGAUAAGACAUUUACAUAUUCUAUAAUGAUAUCGUAACAUUUACCUACUCUUGACCAUUGGUCUGUAGAACCACCUUCUCUCUCAUUUCCUCUCUGUCAUUUACCCAGAUGAAAAUCUCUCUCAUUGACACGUCCUUUCAUUCUUUGAGUCUUCCCGUCGAUUCUUUUGUCUGUCCAGGGGCGUAGCUAAGAAUUUUCCAUCGGUUGGGGGCCCGGGGGGCCUUGACCUCUUUGGGGGACAUGCAUUUUGCGUAAUAUUUAAUUCUUAAUGUAAAAAAAACACUAAUUUGGGGGCCCUACUCAAGUUGGGGCCUGGAGGGAUUUUCAAUUUCUCCCCUUUUCCUCCCCCCCACCCUAGCGCUACGCCACUGUAUCUGCCUCUCCAACUUUUACCUGGGUCUCUUAUAGGAAGGUCCUAAUGAGUCACGUGAUGUAAUAUGGCUGUACAAACUUUCCUUUUUUUUAACUAGGUCUCUUCAUCUUUUAACUGCGUGGAAGAUUUUGAGUGUGAAAAACCUUCUGGUUUAUGUUUAGGGAUCUCGAACACGGCUCUAACGAUUUUCUUAGAAAUUUGACAGUUGAUGUUGAGAAAAAAAAAUUUAGCUAGUUUGUCUCACUGGGAAAACUGUAGUUUAUUUUGUUUUGUUUGUUUGUUAUAAUUUUUGAAAGUAAAAAAAGGAAAUACAUUUAAAAUUGUCUACAGAACGAGAAAAUAAUUAUCUUGAAGGGACUCUACGGCUUCGAGUAUUUCCGCAAUCCUUGAUGAGUUUAAUAUAUAAAUUAAUGUUCAGGAAAAGUGUUGGAGUUGUCUUCUAAAUCUAGAUCUAAAGGCAGUGACGUAGCUAGGAAUCCGCCAUCAUUUGAGGGCCGGGUGUUGGGCUUGACCUCAUAGGGGUCCCUUGCAUUUAGCGUAUAUUUAAUGUUCAAAAAGCACUCAUUUCAGGGGCCCCCUCAAGUGCGGGCCCGGGGGAUUUUUAAAUUCUCCCACUCCCUACCCCACCCUAGCAACGCCUCUGAUUAAAGUCCUAUCAUUGUAAGAAUAGAAAGUGUAGUAGAGCUAUACAUUCGAUUAACCAGGAUGCAUGGGGAGAAUGGUCCAUAGUUUUUUAAAAUGUAUCAUUCAUUGUGAUCCUGUUUCAGAUUUCUUAUUUAAGACUGCAUAAUAAUGUAGGGGCAUUAAUCUAGUACCGUAUUAAUGUAUUAUCUUAAUAAACGGGAAUAACUACAAGAAACGUAUUAUAGAAGGUUUAAGGCCAUUCCGUCUUGUGACAAACAGUUAUUCAAGCCAGUAAAAUCACUACAAAUAUUCUUAUCUUAUACGUUGCAGACGUUAAUUCAAAAGAUAGGAUUAUUUAACCUAGGCGUACCCAUAUGUUCAUCUAGUCAUGGAUGUUAAAACUCUAUUAAGUCGUUGAUUUUCCUGGCUACUCAUUCCAUGCUCUAAUGCAGCGGUUCUCAACCCCUUAUGCUCGGCGACCCCUUUUUACAAUUCCUCACACUGCGGCGACCCCCCCCCCUCCCCCCGAUACACAGAUACAGCACUAGAAGAGUAGACAAUAACAAUCAAUAGUUUCGAUGGUCUUAGACGACCCCUGGCAAAUCGUCAAUUUACCCCCAAGGGGGUCGCGACCCAUAGGUUGAGAACCCCUGCUCUAAUGGCAUUAGUGAAGAAAAAUCACUUAUAUGUGUGUUUACUGAUAUACUAAGUUUAAAAAACGCCGCUUUAUCUUUGUCCCUUUCUGAGUAUUUUAUUAGUUGUUGUUUUUUUUUGCCUUGGUAAGCUAUAGCAUAUAUUAUUUCCACUUUACUCUGUAUUCGUCUGUCCUGGAGUGUCUCUAGAUUUAAUUAUUUUUCCAAUGUUGUUACACUAGUCAACUUAUUCCUGCCGUAAUUGUUCUUGUUACAUUCGAAAGUCAGGCGAAGUACGUAGCUAGAAAUGUGUUUACAAUCUCGUAGGGUUGUUCAUUAUACCAGUCUUUCAAAACAAGUGGCUUUGAUGACAGUAUUCAUAUGUGUGAAGAUAUCUGUGAACAUCAGAUGUAAAAGAAAAAAGAGAUGAAUGUAAUGUACAAUUAAAAAUUGAUUCCAUUAGUAUUGUUUUAUGUUUGGAAUCUAAAAAUGUGUUUCAACUAUACGGAUGUUUACUGAUUUUUUUUAUAGCCUAAGUGUUUGGCUUCUAUUUUAUUGUAAAGUUCAUAAUGUAAAGAUUUUGAAAUUAGAUGUAAAUGUGGAUUUUUUUUUUUUUAAAAAGAUAUACGUUUUGAUAUUUUUAUUUGUUGAAAUGUGUAUGAAAUAACCAAGAAAUAAAAAUUUACAAU